AUAGAAAAUAAUACAAGAUGAAGGUUAUUGCUGCAUAUUUGCUUGCAGUUUUGGGAGGAAACAAGGAACCAACUGCUGAAGAUAUCAAGGACAUCUUAGGUUCUGUUGGUGCUGCUGAUGACGCUGAUGACAAGAUUGAACUUCUUCUUUCUCAAAUUCAAGGUAAAGACUUGACUGAACUUAUGGCAUGUGGAAGGGAGAAACUUGCUGUUUGUGGUGGUGGUGCACCUAUGGUGGUCAAUGCCGUAGGCGAUGGUGGUGCUAGUGCAGCAGCUAAGCAGAAGAAAGAGGAAAAGGUGGAGGAGAAAAUUAAAGAAGAAUCUGAUGAUGAUAUGCCUUUCAGUCUCUUUGACGAAGAAUAAACGGUUCAGGGAUCUAUCUGUUGGGUCUAGUAACAUCUUUCUGCAUGAGUUUCAAUGUUUUUGUUUUCCCGUAUAUGAAUUCUUAAAUUACAGUUUCAGUUUAUUUUAUUUUUUAACACAGAUGGAAACAGAUAUCUUUCAAUGUCUUUGUUUUCGGUAAUAUGAAUUCUUAAAUUACAGUUUUAGUUUAUUUAUUUUUUUAACACAUGAGAGAUGGGUGUAGUAAGUUUAUCAAUAAACAAACAUUAAUCUUUCAGAAACUUCGUUCAUCCUCUGUUUUUCUGAAAGGUGGUAAAGAAUAAGACUUCAAAAGUAAAUUAGCAUAAAAGUUGUAGCCCAGGUUCGUGGAUUUACCACAUCCUCCAU